GUUUUUGCGUGCGACCGUUGGCAGCGGUUUGAACUAACCCUCGUUGACAGUUGACACCUUGUAGUUGUAGCAGCGUGUGAGCGUCACAUCGAUUAACAGGGUUUUUGCGUGCGACCGUUGGCAGCGGUUUGAACUAACCCUUACUGUUCUGUGGUUGACAGUUGACACCUUGUAGCAGCGUGUGACCGUCGUGAGCGUGUUGUGCAUCGAAUAACAGGUUGUUAAGUGUAAAUAAUUAAAUGUUCGCCUGCGCUAUAUUGAUCGCCCCCGCCGCCAGGAGCGCCCUUAUUUCAAACUCUAAAGUAUACUUAAGGCCAUUGAGCACCGCCCUCAGCCAAAACCCAUCAUUAGUCCAGAGUCCUGUCGUUCAGCAACACAAACAAGCCACACUUCUCCCAGCAGUGAGGAGUUUCCAGACCACCCCAGUGUCCAGGGACAUCGAUUCAGCUGCUAAAUUUAUUGGUGCAGGCGCUGCCACAGUAGGAGUAGCUGGAUCAGGCAGUUUGUUUAUUAGGGAGGAUAAUCCGGCCAAUCGUUUAAAAUUUAGCCUUUCACCGGAUUUUGAAAAAGUCUUGAAAUCCGAUACUUUUGUUGAUAAAAGUGGGUUGAUGUUAGCAGUUUUUGAAACGGACGAUCAACCUAUGGUAUUGUGUACCGCACCGCGCCGAUUUGGCAAAUCUGUAAACUUAUCUAUGAUGCAACGAUUCUUGGAGUUGGAAGUUGAUGAAAAUGGAGAAGAGAAAACAACGGUUUUGGAAGAAAAAGACAAUUACAAACUGUUCAGUUCAGCAAGGUUCAACUUAAAAGUCAUGGAGAAUAAGAAGUUUGUAGAAACUCAUUUCGGACAAUAUCCGAUAAUCGAAAUAAAUUUUUUCUGUUCUGCUAACGUGAAAAGCAAAUCUGAUGCAGUGAAUGUGUGUAGAAGCGCUAUAUCGGAAGCUUUUAGGCAACACAGAUACCUUUACAAAUCCAAAUUGUCACCAUUGGAAGACGAUGAAAAAAAGCAUUGCGAACAAUGGUGUGGCGAAUUUACCUACACAGGAAUUCCAGAGGACAAAGUAAUCAAGGGGUUGGGACGCUUGGCAGUUUAUCUGAACAAGUUUCAUAAAAGAAAGGUUUUUCUACUCGUUGACGAGUACGACUCGAUCAUUUCAAAUGCGUUGUAUAAUGUGAAUAAUGCUGAUCCAGAGACUGAGCUUGAAGAGCUAGAGGAAGCUGCCUCAUUCCCAAUUGAAGAAUUUUGGAUGUGGGUGGUGUAUCGAUUUCCACCCUAUUGGGUAAUGUAUUGCGAUGGCAAUUCGGAACCAACAAUCCGUGCCAAGAUUUCUAUGGAUUCACUGAAGAUGAAGUUUGUACUCUAUUUAAUCGGUUUGCAGUAA